AUGAUGGAAGUCAACCUCCCUCAGCAUUCUCAGACUUCAGAAGAAUACCUAGAAUUACGACUGCCACCGUUACAAGAGAGCCACAAUGCAACGGUCAGGUAUAUUCGAGCGGGAUUUUACUUGGAUGCCAUUCAUUCCGUCUUGGAAGGAUUUGCGAAGUGCAAUGUCCCAAAAGAUAUGCAACACGAUCGAACCAGUAUCUCCGUUGAUGCUGUUGCUGUUUCGAGUGGAAACAUAGUGCUGGACCGAAAUCCAAUGGAUCCUCACAAUGAUGGUGACGACACUUAUUCCGAAGAGCUCUUGGUCUUGGCAAUGAUCUACAAUCUUGCGCUAUCCUAUCAUUUGUACGCGCUUACCACCAUUAGCAGUACUUCACAACACACAGGCACAGAACAUGAUAGACAAGUAAGGGAACAACUGCCAAUGAUUUGCUAUGACUCCUUUCAUCUAUACGAAGAGUCAAGAAUACGGUUGCGGCAUCUUCGUCCAGCCCUAAAGGCAUUUCUUUACAGCGUACCGGCAAUAGAGAACAACAUGCAACAUGUGUCUUCUUUGUUGCAGCAACGAUAA